CCAGCUGCCAAACCCCUGGAUGGGAGAGGCAGACAGGGCUGGCCACCAUGCACAGCUCCCACAAUCUCCUGGCACUUCUGCCACCACUGCUGCUACUGCUGGUGGCGGCCACAGGCCCUGCCAGGGCCCUCACUGAUGAUGAGAAGCACGUGAUGGUGGAGCUGCACAACCGCUACCGUGCCCAGGCUUCCCCAUCGGCGUCCAACAUGCUGCAAAUGACGUGGGACGAGUCCCUGGCCGCCUUCGCCAAGGCCUACGCGAAGCAGUGCGUGUGGGGCCACAACAAGGAGCGUGGGCGGCGUGGGGAGAACCUGUUCGCCAUCACCGACGAGGGUGUGGACGUGCCACUGGCCGUGGAGGAAUGGCACCAUGAGCGCGAGCACUACAACCUCAGCGCUGCCGCCUGCGACUCGGGCCAGAUGUGCGGCCACUACACACAGGUGGUCUGGGCCAAGACGGAGAGGAUUGGCUGUGGCUCCCACUUCUGUGAAAAGCUCCAAGGCGUUGAAGAAACCAAUAUCCACUUGCUGGUUUGCAAUUAUGAACCCCCGGGGAACGUGAAGGGGCAGAGGCCCUACCUGGAGGGAACUCCGUGCUCCCAGUGCCCCUCCGGUUACCGCUGCGAGAACUCACUCUGCGAACCCAUCAAAGUCACGGAAGCAACUCAAAAUUUGUCCGACCUGGUAACUGAGGUCCCACCUUCUGUGGCGACUGAGGCCUCCAGCACUAGGAAAACUAGUAUCCCUUCUACCCUAGCAACAGAAACUCCAUCCUUGGUAACGAAGGUUUCAGAUUCCCUGGCAACCAAGACUCUACCUGCCAUAGAAACCAAGGCACCAUUUUCUAUAGCAACGGAAGACCUCCCCUCCAUAGCAACAGAGGCACAACCUUCCUUGACAUCUGAGGCCCCUUCCUUUUUGGCAAACCACAGUCUGGUCUCUUUGGAUGAGGGGCCAGCUACCUUCCCUGGAUCGACCCAUGAGCCUGUUCCCGAAUCGACAGACAAAGAGGUCAGGGGGAUAGAAAAACCCUCCAAGAGCCCAGAGAGUUCUUUGCUCCCCAAGAAGCCCUUGACUGGGACACAGGAGCUGCUUCCCCACUUCCAGGAGGUACCGGAGGCUGAGUUGCCUUCUUCCAGUGAGGUCUUGGCCUCAGUUUUUGCAGCCCAGGCCGAGGCAAGUGAAUGGCAAGCCACCCAGGACCACACGGUUCACACCUCCUCCAAGUCCCUGUCCAGGUCCCCCAAUACCUCUGCCACCGCUAAUGCCAAGGGUGGCCGUACCCUGGCCUUGCAGUUGUCCUUGCCAGGUGCAGAGGGCCCUGAAAGGCCUGCUAUCAACUCAGGGCUGAACUCGGGCCCUCGUCACAUCUGGGGCCUCCUCCUGGGUCUGCUGCUAUUGCCCCUGUUGGUGUUGGUUGGAAUCUUCUGAAGGGGUCACCAUUCAAAGGCAAGGCCUAGUGGGGAGACCCUGGCCUCAUGCCUAUUCCAGAUUGUCUUUCUUCAAGUAAGAGGUCACAGUUUUCCAAGAAGGUCCUCCUCUGUGGCCCAGCAACUCCCAUUCAUCCCAGUUUCUGACCAGACUCAAGACCAGUGGCUUUGUGCCCUCAGCAGGACUCUAUAGGACCAAACCCUGGCACUGCCCUGGGAGUGCUUCUGCCUCUGAGAAGGUCCGCCUCUCAGCUAGCUGCAGAUUGUUCUGAGCAGUGUGCUUGUGGUCACAUGUGCUCUUUCUCCAGCUAACCUGCAGUGGUGGCCCUGCCUUGCCAAUGACAGAGGAACUCAGGGCUUUUCAGGAACCCCUCCCUGUUUCUGGUCUCUUCCCGAGGCAUCAGAGUCCUGGGCUGUUCCUAGGAGUGCCUCCUGCCUUCCCAGGGUGAAGAAGUCAGCUGUCCUCCUGCCAUCUCCCUUACUCUGUCCCCAGCCCCUCAGACAAGAUGCUUCUUGGCUGAAGGCCCUUUGGGAGGGAAAAGCAACAGGCAUGUCCUCAUCCACAGACAUCUCAGGGCACAAGGCCUGGCUGCUCCAAGCUCUGGUUGCUGGCCCAUGACUGCAUACUUGGCUCAGACCCCUCCCAUCUCAGUCCUGGGGGAUAGGUGAGGCUGCUGGGGAGAUCCCUGUCUGCCUGGCCUGGGGCUAUCUUCCUGUGCAAGGCAGGGGGCUCUCCCUGAAUGCCCCCUUUCCUCUACUCACCUGUGUCACUGGGGAGGGAAGUUUUGAGGGGUAAAAGGACAAGCCUCACCUGAGUGGGGUUCUAAAGAUAAGGCAUACAGGAACCAGGAAAGGGAAGCAGCUCCUGAAUAAAUGCCUGUGUAAGAGUAUCCAGAGUCUCCGUGCUUGCAAGGGACCAGGGCAAAGGACUGCUGUUUGGGAGGCUCUGAGGAAGCCCAACGCUUCCCCUACUAACCUGCAGCAAUUGUUCCUUCUUCAAUACCCCCUAUCCCCCAAAUAGCCAUUUGGUUCUUUGGGACACCCUUCCUUUCUUUCCUAUAAACUCCCCCCACCUAAAUGUUUUAGUAGCUGGUAGGAAUGCGAGGAGGCCAAGGGUACUGGGCUAACUCUCCCAACUCGUCAACAGUGGGAUUGAAUUGAGCUUGGGCCCAGGAUCGAGAAGUGGGACAACAAACAGGAGCCCUAUUGUCUGGGUUCAUCUGGGACACAGGUUAGAAAUGUAUCUUAGGCAUAACUUUGCCAAUCUUUGGUUGGUGUUUGGAGGAGUCCUAUGAAAGGAGGCCCAGACACUCCCCCAGGGGAGCGUAGCUUUGUCCAGAAGUGCUGUGGGGCAUGAAAGCACAAGUAUGUGUGUAGGGAUAGCUACAGGAGACUGAGCGGCAGCCUCUGUCUCCAGGCCAAGGCCAAGGAUUGCUCUCUCUCUCCCCGUCAUAUCUAUAUUCUAUAUCUAUAUAUCACAUAAUGUACAAUGCACCCAUUUCAAGUAUACCACUCAGUGGUUUUUAGUAUAUUCACAGGCUUGUGCAAACAUCACCACAGUCAAUUUUAGAAUGGUUUCAUCACUAAAAAGAAAUCAUAAAGUUCAAGCUCUCCAACUUUGUUAUUUUUCAAGAUUGUUUAGGUUUUUCUCAGUCCCUUAAAUAUGAAUUUUAAGAUCAUCUUAACAAAUUUCUACUAAGAAACCAUCCAAGAUUUUGUUAAGGAUUGUCAUUUUAACAAUGUUAAGUCUUCUAUCCAUGAACAUGGGUUGCCUUCCCAUUUAUUUAGGUCUUUAAUUUAUUCAAUAAGGAAUAGUUUUUAAAAUAUAGACUUUGCAAUUAAAUUUCUUCAUUAUUAUUUUAUGCUAUUGUAAGUGAAAUUGUUUUAAUUUCAUUGUUCUAGUCCAAGUACUUAGAAAUACAAUGUUUAUAUCAAUUUUAUAUCCUGCACCCUUGCUGAAUUCAUUAGCUGUAACAGUAUUUUUAGUGGAUUCCUUAGGAUUUGUAUAUACAUGAUCAUGUCACCUGCAGCUCCACUUCUUCCUUUCUAAUCCAGAUAAAUUUGAUUUCAUUUUCUUACCUAAUUGCCCUGGCUAGACUCUCACUGCAAUGUUGAAUAGUAGCAAGAGCAGACAUCCUUGUUCUUGUUCCUGAUCUUAGGAGGAAAAAACAUUAGAUCUUUCAUCAUUAAGUAUAAUGUAACUGUGGGCUUUUCAUAGAUGCCCUUUCAGGUGGAGGUUUGCUUCUAAGUUUGUUAAGUUUUAUCAUAAAGGAUGUUGAAUUUUGUCAAAUAUUUUUCCUAUUUAUUGAGAGGAUUGCAUGGUUCUGUUCCUUAUUCUAGGGAUUAUAUUAAUUGAUUCCCAGAUGUUGACACAACAUAUGGUCCUGACUGGGGUUCCUCCUUCCCUUUGCUCAAGCUGGGUUGUCUGAGGCAGUCAGGUGAGGUAGCUUCUGGGCAGAGGGGGCGGUGGGGCACCCAAACUCAUCUUUCCUAGUUUCUGGGUAGGUUCUCUCUGCUUCCUUCAAAGCAAGAGCAACUAUAGCCAGUCCUCCAGAAACCUGUCACCUGAGAGAACCUAUCCAAGUUCAGGAGCAGACUUCCUUGGACAUUUACCCUUGGGGAAAUAACAGGAAGGCAGGACACCACUGGGGUGGUGUCCUGCACCAGUCAGGUUGAGCUGUGACAAAAGGGUGGGGAGGGGAUGUUUCAGCAGGAGCCCAAGAGG